AUGAGCAAAAAUAAACGAAUUGUCAUGGGUGAAGACAGUGACGAAGAUGAAGAUAGUAGCAGCAGCAGUGUUGGACAACAAGAAGCAGAAGAGGAGAUGGAACAAGAAGAACAACCACAACAAGAAGAGGAAUAUUAUGAAGAGGAUCAAGAGGGCUACGAAGAUGCUGAAUUGGCACUAGGUAGUGAUUUGUUGGACUUUAUGACUGCUUCGACUACUCCCAUUGAAUCUCAAGAAAUAAUAGACGAUAAUCUUCAACAACAACAACAACAACAAGACGAUGAAGCUGAAAAAGAGGAACAACUGAGAUUGAAAAGAGAUCAUGCUGAAAGAUUAGCUAUCAAAGAACAAGAAAGACUUGAAAAUGAACGUUUGGAAAAUGAACGUUUGGAACAAGAAAGAAUCGAAAAGGAACGAGUUGAACAAGAGAGACUUGAAAACGAACGUUUGGAACAAGAAAGAAUCGAAAAGGAAAGUUUGGAAAAGGAGAGACUUGAAACCGAACGUUUGGAACAAGAAAGAAUCGAAAAGGAACGCUUGGAAAAGGAACGACUCGAAAAUGAACGAGUUGAACAAGAGAGACUCGAGAAGGAACGUUUGGAAAAGGAACGACUCGAAAAUGAACGUUUGGAAAAGGAACGCUUGGAAAAGGAGAGACUUGAAAACGAACAUUUGGAAAAGGAAAGACUCGAAAAUGAGCGUUUGGAAAAGGAAAGACUAGAAAAUGAACGUUUAGAACAAGAGAGACUCGAGAAGGAACGUUUCGAAAAGGAAAGACUUGAAAAUGAACGUUUGGAACAAGAGAGACUCGAAAAGGAACGUUUGGAACAAGAGAGACUUGAAAACGAACGUUUGGAAAAAGAAAGACUAGAAAAGGAGCGUAUCGAACAAGAGAGAGUGGAAAACGAACGUUUGGAACAAGAGAGACUUGAAAACGAACGUUUGGAACUAGAAAGACUCGAGAGCGAACGUUUGGAGAAGGAAAGACUCGAAAAGGAACGUUUGGAAAAGGAACGCUUGGAAAAGGAGAGACUUGAAACCGAGCGCUUGGAAAAAGAGAGACUUGAAAAGGAACGUUUGGAACAAGAAAGACUCGAAAACGAACGUUUGGAAAAGGAAAGACUUGAAAAUGAACGUAUUGAACAAGAAAGACUGGAAAAGGAACGUGUUGAACGUUUGGAACAAGAGAGACUGGAAAAGGAACGUGUUGAACGUAUCGAACAAGAAAGACUUGAAAAGGAACGCGUUGAACGUUUGGAGCAAGAAAGACUUGAAAAGGAACUUGCCGAACGUUUAGAACAAGAAAGACUUGAAAAGGAGUGCAUUGAACGUUUGGAAAAGGAAAGACUUGAAAAUGAACGUUUGGAACAAGAAAGACUUGAAAAGGGACACGUUGAACGUUUGGAGCAAGAAAGACUUGAAAAAGAACUUGCCGAACGUUUGGAACAAGAAAGAGUCAAUAAGGAGCGCGUCGAGCAAGAAAGACUUGCAAAUGAACGUUUGGAAAAGGAAAGACUAGAAAAUGAACGUUUAGAACAAGAAAGACUUGAAAAGGAACGUUUGGAACAAGAAAGAAUUCAAGUUGAGCGUUUAGAAACUAGCAACCUCACAUUUAUAGCUCAAUCUCCAGAUAUCCGAUCCAAUGAAUUGAAUGAACAUGAAACAACACACUUUAAAGUUCCACAUGCACCAAUUGUUAAAAUCGUAUCAGGAGAAGAGGAUGAAGAAGAUGAUUCUGACGAUGAUAAUGAUGAAAAUGUAAAUACAAGUCACUUGUCGUCAGCAGACAUUAAUGAUGACCAAGAUGAUAUCAACCCACCAUCAGUAUCAUCAACCAGUUCCAAUACAUCAUCCAAACUAUCACAUGUUGCAAAUGGAGGUACACCAUCACUAAACUCUGUAACAUCAUCAACAACAACAUCCAAUCAAUUACCAAAAAGAAAGAUAUCAUUUGGUUCAAAAAUAUUUGGUAGUUUUUCCUCCUCUUCAACUUCGAGAAAGCCAGAUCUUCCACUUCCAUUACAAUUCUUGUUGGAUAAUGACAAGACAGCCUCACCAACCACUUCAUCUACAACCAUAUCACAACCAACAACACCAAGAGAAAAAGAAUUUGUUGAUCCAAGUCAAAUUGCUUUAUAUUGUGAUUUGGCUGAACCAGUGGCAAGAGAAAAGAAUUUGUAUAACAAAAAUUAUGAUGUAUCUAUGGGUAUUCAAAAAAGAUGGACAGAUAUGCUUAAAACAUUAAAUAAGGAAUUGACAACACCAUCUUUGGAAACAUCAGUUCAAUCUACUAUAACCAAUUUACAAGAUAUCACUAGACAAUCAAAAGGUAUCAAUGCCGAUCUUACCAAUUUAAUUAAUAAUUUUUGUAUGUCUCCUUUUUGUUAA